UUCUUAUCUAUUUUGUGUGUUUGUGUUUAUGUAAAUAGGAGCUCUCUCUCUUCUUGUAUGUAGAAGCUCCUACUAAUUCAGUCCUUUCUCUUCAUCACUAACAAACUGGUUUUUGCAUUGCUGGGAGCAGUAUAUAGGGGAUUAUAUUUAGAUUACAAAACUGGGUUUUUUUUUUUUUUUUUUUUUUUUUAAUUCACAUUCUUUCAACAAAAAGAGAAAGCUCGCUUGAGAUUUCCUACUUUUUUUGCUAGUUCUAGUUCAGAAUGGCUGGGACAAGAUUAAUCCAAUGGUUGAAUCUUCUAGUAUGGGCACUAGUAAUGCUCAAAACAGAAGGUGCUAAUGUAUCAAUUACUAUUGUUGAGGAUGCGGUGGCAAAAGGAGCUGUUUGUCUGGAUGGAAGUCCGCCAGCUUAUCACUGGGAUAAGGGAUUUGGUGCAGGAAUUAACAAUUGGUUGGUUCACAUUGAGGGAGGUGGCUGGUGCAACAAUGUCACCCUCUGUCUUAAUCGUUCAGAAACUCGUUUAGGUUCAUCUAAGCAUAUGGACAAGGCAGUUGCUUUCACUGGGAUUCUGAGUAGAGUCCAAAAUUAUAAUCCUGACUUCUACAACUGGAACAGAAUUAAGAUUAGAUACUGUGAUGGGGCAUCAUUUACUGGUGAUGUAGAAGCAGUCGAUCCAGCUACUAAUCUUCACUUCAGAGGAGCAAGAAUUUGGCCUGCAGUAAUUGAGGACCUAUUAUCAAAAGGAAUGAAAGAUGCAAAAAAUGCUUUUCUCUCUGGUUGUUCGGCUGGUGGAUUGGCUUCUAUUUUGCAUUGUGAUAGCUUCCGAGCUCUCAUACCUAGUGGUGCUACAGUUAAAUGCCUAUCAGAUGCUGGUUACUUCAUCAAUGUGAAAGAUAUUUCCGGAGCACAACACAUUGAAGAAUUCUACAGUCAAGUGGUUGCAACGCAUGGUUCAGCAAAGAAUUUGCCUUCAUCAUGCACUUCAAAAAUAAAACCAGAGUUGUGUUUCUUUCCUCAAAAUGUGGCACAUGAAAUUAAAACACCAAUAAUUUUUGUAAAUGCAGCCUAUGAUUCAUGGCAGAUUAAAAACAUUUUGGUACCAACUAUAGUUGAUCCUCAUGGCACCUGGCAUAACUGCAGACAUAAUAUAAAGAAGUGCUCGGACGAUCAAAUUCAAACCAUGCAAGGUUUUAGACUUGACUUCUUAAAAGCAUUGGAAAACACUGGCAACUCUUCAUCUAAGGGACUAUUUAUCGACUCUUGCUAUGACCACUGCCAAACCGAAUUGCAGGAGACAUGGUUAUUUGAUGAUUCUCCAUUGCUGGCUAAAACAACAAUUGCAAAGGCUGUUGGAGACUGGUUUUAUGACCGAAGGCCCUUCCAAAAGAUAGAUUGCCCUUAUCCUUGCAACCCCACUUGCCACAACCUUGUUACCGUUUUACAAGAACACCCAGAACUAUAGAUUAAUGUCAAAAUUUAUCAUUUAUAUGAAUGAUAGUUAUAGGUAAAAUAAGCUUUGAUAAGAAAUAAGGAAAAUAAAAUUAAUGAUUUAUCAAGUCUUCAAAAUAAGAAAAAGGCACCACUGCACCAAAUGGUGUGCUAGGUGUCUUUCCCCAUUGCUGAUGUAUUCAACACUUAAUCAAGAAUAUAUAUAUUUUUUUUUGAUACAUUCAAUGUUGAUUCUAUUAUGAGCAUCAAUAUCAUAUUGCAAAGGAAUUCUACUCUGAGCAUCUAUAUGUGUAUAAUAAACAAUUUCACGUUGGAUGAAAUGUGAACUCAAUAGUCAUUAUUGGAAGAUUUUUAUUA